AUGAUCCCUUCGACUUCCCUCCAGGCAGCUGCGCUGUCUGCGCUUCUUCUCGGCGCCGGCGCCUCGCCUAUUAUCUCACCUAUCAAAAGGCAAACGAUUGAGCCAGCUAUCGCCAAAGACUUCCCUGAUCCGAGUGUCAUGCAGGCAGCUGAUGGACGAUACUAUGCAUACGCUACCGCCGGCAAUGGGGUCCAGUGUCAGGUGGCAGUCUCAGAUAACGGAGUUGAUUGGACACUGCAAGAAGGCCACGAUGGCAUUGCCGGCAUUCCUUGGUCUCCAGAAAACCCUCAGGUUUGGGCUCCGGAUGUCACGCCAGGGAGCAACGGUGUCUACAAUAUGAUGUUCUCGGCCAUUGCUUCUUCGACUGGUGAUGCAGCAAAGCACUGCGUUGGUUUUGCUACUUCUACGGAUCCGCUGGGUCCAUUCCAGCCCCAAGAUGACCCUUGGGUAUGCGACGAGGACACCGGAGACAUCGACCCGGACCAGUUCCUCGAUGAGGAUGGAAGCCGGUGGGUUUUGUGGAAAGUAGACGGCAACAGUGCUGGUCACGAUAGCACGCCGAUCAUGAUCCAGCAGGUUGAGGAUGAUGGAUACUCCAAGAUUGGCACACCCACGAAGAUUCUUGACAGAGACGAAGCCGACGGUCCGUUGGUCGAGGCGCCUAGUCUGGUGAAGGUAGACGGCACCUACUACCUGACGUUCUCCUCGAACAUGUACGACUCUCAGUACUACGACACCUCGUACGCAACAUCGGAUUGUGUGGCCUGCUCUUACACCAAGGCUCAGGCUCCGGAUGCGCCUCUCAUUGUCACCAACGACAACUACUAUGGACCCGGUGGCGCCGAUAUGCUCGUGGUGGCAAACAACCAACUCAUCCUUUGGCAUGGCUGGGACAGCGAGGAGAAGAAUGCCAGAUAUCUGUUCGCAUCUUCCAUGAAUGUCGGGGACGGCAAGAUCCAGAUUUACUAUGGCUGA